AUGAAGUCGUUUGUUUGUUUCUCAGUCAUUCUUUUGGCACGUUCUGUUGUAUCGGAGAAUAUUCCUUUUUGUGCCCCAGCUCAAGUAAAAUAUUGUGUGUUGGACGAUUGUCUGCAAUCAUUAACCAAUCAAACCACCUGGGGGCCUCAGUUCUGUGGCAAUUACUUAGGAAAUGACAGCAUCAGUGUUCCCGAUUAUGUCCCUGCUACAGCUCCAGCAUCUCGUAUCUCAUCUGCAUGUUCUUGUUUGAUUCAGGCCCAGCCUACCGCAAAGCCCACCUCACAGUCGUCAUAUAGUCCAGGCUCUGUUGGCCUUUCAGUCUCUACCAAAACAUCUCCUUCUCUCAAAACAUCUGUUCCAACCAUUUCCUCCGCCAUAGUGUCCGCAGUCCCUCUAUCUUCCCCAGCCACGCCGGAGUCAGGGAAAGAUGAUACUACCUCGAUCAUAUACUCUCUCUCCACUUAUACCACCCAGCUGAGUGGAAAAAUAGUAACAAAGACCCAGUCUGUGGUCGAUUCUACCACGGUUUAUCCUGUCACCCAUGAGAUAACACAAAGCCCAAGCCCAACAUCAACGGCACCAGUUGGAUAUACCACAUCAACAGUGUAUACCUUAUCGAGUUACACAAACCCAAGUGGUGAAGUUAUUACAAAGACGAUCGUAGACUACACAGUAGUUUGUCCCGUCACCGCCAAAUCCACCUCAACUUCCCAAGUAUUGGGAGGAUUGGUAAGUGAGCACACAACUUCACAUGAAAUAUCCACGAUUUACAAAGUUUCGACAUACACGACACUUGGACAGACAAUCACAAAUACUUUGGUAGAUUAUUCAACCGUUCAUUCUACCACAAGGGCAUUGUCUCCAGGUACAACUCCUACUCCCAAGUCGAUUGUUGGAUACACAACAUCAAUAGUCUAUUCUCUCUCUACUAGAACAUACACGUCCAGCGAAAAGACUUUCACGGUAACAGAUACCGUGGUCGAUUAUACGACUUUUUGCCCCAUCACAGGAAAGUCUACCCCUACAUCGGAACCCACAGUUCAAUAUACGACCUCAACAGUCUAUUCUCUUUCAACCAGCACGUAUAUUAGUAGCGGGAAAGCUUUUACUGUGACUAACACUGUGGUUGAUUAUACAACUGUUUGCCCUGUCACCCAGUUAGCAUCUUCAACCCAGGGCGCGUCAUCACUCACUAGGUCCCCUUCGGUCUCGCCCACUGGGAGUGUAAGUUCGAUUUCAGCUUCCGAUAGUUCGAUUAUUCCCUCAUCCGUAUCUGUUUCAGUAUCAGCUUCCAGCAGCUCAAUCGCAGUCCAGUCAACAAAAUCGAGGUCGCGCCAUUCCCGAACAAAGUGUAUGAAGGCUACCCACUCUACACAAAGCUAUCCAUUCGGAAAAUCCACGUCUUUACACCAACCCACUGGAACUGAAAACUCGGAUCCUGCUUCUAUAUCAAGAACUGCAUACUCAUCAUCGGUUAGGUAUCCAAUGAGUAACUCCACAAUAUCAGACCUUCCUCAAGGAACUGCAUCUUCGACUGCUCAUCAAGUGACAGACUCCACCCGAUUGCAAUUUCCGUCAGGAACUGGAUACUCAGUAUCUCCUAAAGUUGAUUUAAUGCCAAAUUCGACAAGCUCUUAUGUUCCGUCAGCAAGUGGUUACCCGGCUACAGCGAGUUCCACAACCACGGAAGUUCUUCGUACCAGCACAUCCAGUGUAGAAAUUAAUAGCAAUACUUCGGAAUUACCAAAGACUACUGAGAUUCAUACUAUAAGUUCUCCAUCUACAACAACGAGUCCUGCAAUUCCUUCUGUGACUGCAUUUUGUAGCACAGACGCGGCGGCUUUAGUAUUUGCAGCAGCUGGUACACCAGUAACAUCUUACUGUAGCAGUCUACUCUCCAUCCUGCCGACUUACGCUGAUGAACAAUACAUCUUCGUCACAAUAACCACUUUGAUAUCAACCACAACCACCGUCAGCCCCGCAGCCGUCACCGUUUUCAAGAGAACCACAAAAACUGACUCAUAUCCAUUCACAUCAACAUAUGAUUUGGUUCAACAGUCAUCAGCCUGCAGCUGUCUCUCAAUCCAACCAGCCGUGAUCGCCGAGACUGUAACAAUAACAGUUCCCGCAACAUCCUUGGUCGUUGUCUCAACUACAAUUCCAGCUUGCACUCCGUCACCCACCCAAGUAGUUGUCAAUGGUGGCUUUGAAACCGCAACACCGGGAUCUAAUCAGUCGCCUUGGGUUCUUAGCAGUCUGUCUUAUGUAAGGUCUAAUGUUAAUGAUGCAUUCCAGUCAUAUGCUGGUGAUGGAUUUGCUGUCCUCAUUGGUCAAAGAGCAACCACAACCACCAUGUCCCAACAAAUCGAUACCCUCAUCCCCGGCCAAUCCUACACUCUUAGCUAUUACAUGGCAGUCAUGGGCAUUAUCACCUUGCCCACAGCUUCUUGUGCACUCUCUGCUUCGGUCGGUGGAAUAGUCGUCGAUACACAGACGAUUACGUACUCGAAUAUAGCGAGUUAUAGAAAUGGUUACUCGCGACGUUCGGUAGCGGUCGUUCCGAUAACUCAGUCGGCGCAGUUGAGAAUUACUUGGCAGUGUAAUACGCAGGUUACUAUUAAUGCGGAUCUUUUGCUGGAUGAUUUUUCGAUGGUUGGGCAGGGGAGGAGUUGUGGUGUGCCUGCUUAG